AUGGAUGAGAAAAAUAUUACCAGAAUUUCCACAAUCCACCUCUUAGGAUUGCAGACUCCUCGAAUUAUAAAAUAUUGGAUCUUCUUAAUUUUGCUUUUGAUUUAUUGUGUGUCAGUCUCUGGAAACCUCCUGAUCAUCACACUGGUGUCCUACAGCAAAUCCCUCCAUUCUCCCAUGUACUUUCUCCUUUCCCAGCUCUCCAUAUCAGAUAUCUUACUAAUAACGGAUGUCCUUCCUAACAUGCUCCAUGCUGUUUUGAUGGAAGAGGCCACCUUAUCAUUUUCCAAUUGCAUUUCCCAGGUUUAUUUUUUUGGUGUUGCAGGAAUGUCGGAGUGUCUUCUCCUGACUGUGAUGUCUUAUGACAGAUAUUUGGCCAUCUGUAAACCAUUACAUUAUACUUUGAAAAUGAACCACCAAUUUUGCUGGAUAACAGUCAUCACAUGCUGGGCUUUAAGCAUUAGUAUCAUUUUUAUCAGUAUUUUAACUGUAUCCCAGUUACCAUUUUGUGGUCCCAAUAGUAUCGAUCACUUUUUUUGUGAUCUCGAUCCAAUUCUAAAAAUUUCUUGCUCUGAUACCACCAUUAUUCAGUCAGCUUUUACAAUGUUGAGUGUUAUAGUUGUUGUCAUCCCAUUCUUUAUUAUCCUUAUAUCAUAUGUUUAUAUUAUAAUUACUAUUUUUGAAAUCCCAUCUAUUGAUGGCAGACAAAAAGUUUUCUCGACAUGCAGCUCCCACCUGACUGUUGUUUUCAUCUACUUUGGUACUCUAUUUUGUGUGUACCUGGUACCUAGAAGAGGACACUCAUGGAAUAUUUCAAAAUUCCUGUCAUUAUUUUACACUAUAGUCACCCCACUGAUGAAUCCAAUUAUUUAUAGCCUGAGGAAUAAAGACUUCAAAGAAGUUGUGAGGAAAUAUAUAAACCUUUCUGCAAAUUCUGUGCAACAUUAA